AUGGUCUUAAGGAAUGUGGUCACCACAGGCAGCAAUCCAGACCUGAAAGCGAUGUGUCAUGCUCCCACUUGUGCUGAAAUGUUUCUGCGGUACCUAGCCAACUUCUUCCCGAGAGCAGUGGUGAAGCCUCCAAGGCGGUGUCACUUGGGGCUCCUCUUUCUCAUUUCUAGCCGGGAGAUGAGGAAUUUGGCGGAGAAGCAGAGAAGAGACAAAUUGAAUGGGUACAUCCACGAGUUGGCGGGCUUGGUCCCAACCGUAUCCCUGGCAUCAAAGAGACCUGAUAAAACGUCCGUCCUUCGCCUUGCUGCCAACUACCUCCGUUUGCAUUACGUCGCUAAUCAGUGUCUCCCUCACGAACCUCGCCUCCAUUCACUUCUCCGUCAUGCAAUCUCUCUCCUCCCUUUUUCCUGCUCAACAUCACAGGUGGAGAUCAUGGGACGAAGCUUGUUGGACAUCCUCCAUCCCGAUGAUCAGGAAUCUGUGAUACGUCACCUCACUUUUCCUCUCGGAGGAGGAGGAGGCUGGUUAUUGACGGCUUUAGUGAGGAGAAGUAGACCCCCAUCUCCCCUCCCUUUCCUUGAGAUGACACUCCUUCAUGCAUCUCAAGACGAAUACGUGACCAGGCAUGCUUGGGAUGGCAUCAUCAUCAACGUCGAUCACCGGAUCUCAGUCGUGGCUGGAUAUACAGUCCAGGAAGUCCUCGGAAAGAAUGCCUUCACCUACAUCAAUGCCAAGGAUCGGGAACAAGCCUUGGCCGCCUGCAAACAGAUGUUCUACGAGAAAUGGGGAGUCCUCACAUAUCGGCUGGAGACGAAGAGCGGAGAGUACAUAUAUCUGAGAAGCCGAGGAUUCAUUGAAGUCCAGGAUCUUUAUUUCAUCUGCAUCAAUACUCUCAUUAGUGCGAAGGAGGGGGAAGAAGAAGCGAAGAAACAAUGGAAGAAGUUGUACGUUCUCGCGUCUCCUUCGUCUGGGAACACGUCACGGUCAUCCUCUUGUCCAUCUCCAUCUCCAGGAAGCCCUCACGAGAUCCCUUCAUUCUCUGCCCUCUGUCCUCCUUCUUCCUCUUCAUCUGGUCUUUCCUCAUCUCUCUCGUCGUCUUCAUCCUCUUCUGCCUGUUCAGCGUCUCUUUCUUCACCUGAUGCCGUGAGUCCGUUCUUCCGUCUUCUGCUACUGUCCACAUGGGUGGAGGCUGAGAUUCUUUCCUUGCAGCAGAGUUGCAGUCAGGAUUCCUGGGAAGGGAGGAAGAAGUUCAGUCCUGGUACAGUGAUUCCAUCGUUGCUCCAUGGUCAUUAUGACAAUGAUCAUGAACAUGAGCAUGAGCAUGUGCCUCUACCCGAUAUAUCCGCCACUUGA